GAGGGUAAAAAAAAAAAAAAAAAAAAAAAAAAAACAAAGAACAAAACAGGGGAACAGCGGUCGGUCAUCACAAAGGGGAAGCUAAAAAGCAGACAGAGAUUGAUAAAAGGAAAGGGAUCAGCAGUGGGCCCAAGUUUCCUCCUCUUCUCUCACCCAAAACCUCAUUUGUUUUCGAAAAAUGGGUUUGCUGGAUUCCUUCCUCAAUUGGCUCCGCAGCUUAUUUUUUAAACAGGAAAUGGAACUUUCACUAGUAGGGCUUCAGAAUGCAGGAAAGACAUCUCUUUUAAAUGCCAUUGCUACAGGGGGCUACAGUGAGGACAUGAUUCCAACUGUUGGAUUCAACAUGCGAAAAGUAACCAAGGGAAAUGUGACAAUCAAGGUUUGGGACCUUGGAGGUCAAAGAAGGUUCCGCACAAUGUGGGAGCGUUACUGUCGUGGCGUCUCUGUAAUUGUCUACGUAGUUGAUGCUGCUGACAGAGACAGUAUUCCAAUAGCUCGAAGUGAGCUGCACGACCUCUUAAUGAAACCUUCCUUAAAUGGGAUUCCGUUACUUGUUCUUGGCAACAAAAUCGACAAGUCUGAGGCUCUUUCCAAACAAGCAUUGGUUGAUCAACUAGGCCUUGAUUCAAUUACGGACAAAGAAGUGUGCUGCUAUAUGAUCUCUUGCAAGGACUCCAUAAAUAUAGAUGUUGUCAUCGAUUGGCUUAUCAAACACUCCAAAACAGCAAAAUGAUCGACGCAUGGCCCUUGCUUGGUGUUUGAUCAAACAUAUUCCGAGUCGCAAAUCAGGCGCUGAAAAGACGAGUUGAUGAAAACAACCGUUUUGAGACUCUGUAACCAUAGUGGGUAGCUAUUCUCCAAAUAGAGAUCUGUACAGUACUUCUGUAGUUGCGAAGUGUGAUGCUUUGGUUAUAUUUCCCUUGUUCCUAUGAAAUUAUUUCAAUUUUCAAAUGAAGGCUCCCAAAUCUGAAGCACCUUUCUGGAA